AUGUGGCCUUUCGCGACAUAUUGGGGAUUGUUGAUCAACUUUAUUAAAAAGAACAUAUCAAUGGCUCCAACGUAUACGUGGCGAGCAUUUGAGAGUCAUGAAUGGGAAUAUGAUCCAACGAAACUCACUUACGAAACGACUAAAGAGACGUUGACUGCAAUCAUGGCGGCCUAUGCACAACCUAACGAGAGGCCUCUUUCGAUCAACUUUUGGAGCGAAAAGAAAAAGAGUCUCCGGUUUUUGGUUCCAGAACAACAGCUUAUGGAAUCUCCUCGAGUGUCGGCUUCUUUGGAAGAACUCUUUGGUGGUACGAUCAUUCGAUCAGAGGACUUCAAUUACGACGCUGAGGGAACGAUGCACACAUUUCGCAAGGUGCUGAUCAAGUUGAACAGAUCAAGUCAACUCGCUGUAAUCGAGCACGUGAACGACACGAACGACAUCGGAAGAUGGGGAACUAAAAUCAACGAUGACGACAUUAACAAAUUUGUUCACGAAAUCGAAAUCGACUUAUUGCCUGAAAUCCGUCGUUGCCUCCGUCGAAGAAAGGAUAUCGAAGCUAUACAAUUCAAUAUUUGGAAUGAUAUCGUCGGUGACACGGCCAAAAGCAUCGCUCGCAAUGAAGCACGACGCCAAGCUGGAUACACUAUAAGCUGG